CCUUGGUUAGAGAGUACUAGAGGCCCCUCCAAAUGCCAGCAGACAGCAUGCAGGACGCAGACCCUGUGCUUUCCUACGGGAUGGAACUCACGUGGGAUAUCAAUGACCCACAGAUGCCUCAGGAACCGACCCACUUUGACCACUUCCGGGAGUGGCCUGAUGGCUAUGUUCGCUUCAUCUACAGCAGCCAGGAGAAGAAGGCUCAGCGCCACCUGAGUGGCUGGGCCAUGCGCAACACCAACAACCACAAUGGCCACAUCCUCAAGAAGUCCUGCCUGGGGGUGGUGGUGUGCGCACGCGCCUGCGCUCUGAAGGAUGGCUCGCACUUGCAGCUGAGGCCAGCCAUCUGCGACAAGGCCCGGCUGAAGCAACAAAAGAAAGCUUGCCCCAACUGUCAUUCAGCUUUGGAGCUAGUUCCUUGCCGAGGACACAGUGGAUAUCCUGUCACCAACUUCUGGAGACUUGAUGGCAAUGCAAUAUUUUUUCAGGCCAAAGGAGUUCAUGACCACCCCAGACCAGAGAGUAAGUCAGAGACAGAAGGCAGAAGAAAUGCCCUAAAGAGACAGAUGGCCUCUUUCUACCAAUCCCAGAAAAAGAGAUCAGGGGAGCCCGAGGCAGGAAACGCUCAGGACAUCAGGGGACACCUCAAUAGCGUGCCUGCCCCGGAACCCACAGAACUGUUUGAUAUGAGUGCUGAUACCAGCUUCCCUAUUACAGGACAGCUGUCUCCUUCUUUCCCAAACUCUGAUGUCCACAGAGUUACCUGUGACCUGCCCACCUUUCAAGGAGAUGUAAUACUGCCCUUUCAGAAAUAUUCAAAUCCAAGCAUUUAUUUCCCCAGGCCACCUUGGAGCUAUGAAUUAGCAAGUCCUGGGGUUACGGGUUUGAGUCCAUAUCCCACCCUGUAUAAAGAUUCCUCCAUUGUCUCUGAUGAUCCAGACUGGAUUCAUCUAAACUCACUACAAUAUAAUGUCAGUUCAUACAGCAGCUAUGAGAGAAACUUAGAUCUCACAGCUAGAUAUCAUGGCUGGAAACCGACACAUGGGAAAGCCGGCCUUGAGGAGAAGGUUGACUGUGGGCAAUGCCAGGCUGUGCCCACAUCGCCUUAUUACAACCUUGAGCUUCCCUGCAGGUACCUGCCAGUGCCGCCAGCAGGUACCCAGGCCCUGCAGACAGUGAUCACCACCACAGUGGCUUAUCAGGCUUACCAGCACCCUGCUCUGAAACACAGUGACAGCAUGCAGGAGGUUAGCAGCCUUGCCAGCUGCACCUACGCUUCUGAAAACCUCCCAAUGCCCAUCUAUCCACAAGCCUUAGACCCUCAAGAGGGAGCCAUCCAGGCAGCCUCUCCUUCAGCGAGAGCCCCUGUGAAAGUGCCUGGAGAUUGCCAGGCUGCCAGACCUACUCUGGCUUUUCCUCAAGAAACAGAUCCCUCCAGGGGAGAUGGAGCAGGUGCGUGGGAUGUGUUUUUCUCUGAGGUGGGCUCUGUGAUGGGGUACUUGGAUAGGACAGGGCAGCCCUUUAGCUUUGACAAUGAGGACUUUUAGGAGGAUUCUGGGAUACACACAUUGUGACAAUGAAGUACAUGCAAGAAAUCGCGUGCCGAGGAGCAAUUACCGAUUGCUUAGGUGGUACACACACACACACACAAGACUAGAGUGAGUGUAAAGGCAUGCUGGGAAAUUACAAGUUGGGAAUGAUAGGUGCUGGAAGUUGGCACAGCAUUUUGAAACCUGCACACCACAUAGGCUAUUAGGAGUGCGAGCAUCCCAGAUGAACAAAUAAUUAAGCCGGAGGUGCCUGUAAUGCUCUGGCCUGGCCUUCCUUAGCCUCCCAGCCAAGGAUCCUAGUCUCAUUCUUAACCUUUGCCCUUUAGUCUUUUAGGGAACCUCACACAGCCAUGAUCAGCAGAGAGGCUACUUAAGUAGCAGAAACCUGGAGAGAAACAUAGCAAGUGUUUUAUUGCCCUGAAGGCUUUUCCAUACAUCAGCUGAUAAAUCUGUAAAUCAAGAGGAACCCUCAGUAAUUCGGUGUGCUAUGACAUCUGUGAACCAAAGUGGGGGAGGCAGGAAGCCAGCCCUCACCUGUGCUAAAGAUUCCACAGUGUUGACUGCCUGGUAAGAACUUCUGUGAUGUUGAGAGUUGGAAUGUUGCAGGUCUGAGGCCAGAUCUGUGACUUUAACCCCUUAAUAGCCAUGUAUCACCUAUUAAGUGAUUAAGUGAAUCCCUUUGGGAUGUAUAAACAAAUCCCAAGUUUCCACUUCCCCCAAAUGGUAAAAAAUGUCAUCAAAAUAGCAUCUUAGACACAUAAAAAUCUUUGUCUGCCUUACUAUAUACAACCCGCCUACCUGGUAUUUCCACAAAUGAAUGUUUCAAAUACCUUGAUUUAUUGAGUUCUUUGUUCUAUUACUAUAAAAACUUUAAGAAACUUCACUGACCAUGUUUGAACGUGUUACUGGGGGCGACCCAAAUCCAUGUGCCCUAUUCCGUGAUCAUUUAAUCUUUAGCUCCAUAAUAAAUUACCUUUCAUUUCCUUUGAGAUAAAAGCUAUGGUUUUGUGUCAACAUACCUCAGUAAUCCCAGCACUCUGAAGGCUGAGGCAGGAGGAUGAGCCUAUGGUACUUACUGUAGAUGGCUUUUCAAAUACAAGUUUCCAUCAGAUGGUUUCUGUGUUUCAUGAGUCACUGAGGACAAGUUCGGGCCUGUAACCUGCUGGUAAGACACAACUCAGUAUAUGAACACUUUAAAACUGCCACCAAUUUAGACACAAUUCAACUGGUCUAGCCUUACUGGUUUCUAUGCUGACAAACUUAAUCUAUUUUAAUAGCUUAAUCAAUUUUAAUAAAAAAAAGAAUUGAUGUUGUUCUAUGG